AUGAAGCGUGCCUAUUUAGUUCCUCUCUUUGGUCUAGUGAAGGUGGUCGCUGCGAUUCUAUAUCCAGUUCAUUCGGGGAUAGAGGAAGAUAUCCCCGAAAAUACGUUCAUGUCAAAUGAACGUACUACUCUUGAUGAUUGUCACUUACGGUACUAUGCAUUUGGAGGCAGGGGUAUAGUAGGACCGGCCUUUGCUAAACCAGCUUUUCUAACCGAAUUUGCGCAUAUUGGCGCAAUCGGAUGGACACAACUGGACGGUACGAUCGUGUGGGGCUGCGGUGGAUCAUUGAUAUGGAACAACUUCGUUAUUACGGCCGCUCACUGCACGGCUAAUGAUGAAAAUAUUCCUCCCGACGUAGUCCGUUUCGGUGAUCUUAACAUACAUAGUGCUGAUGAUGAUACGUACGCACAACAGCUGACUAUUAUGAACAUAUUUCGGCAUCCAAAGUACCAGUUUAGUGCCAGAUACUACGAUAUUGCACUGCUACAACUGGAGCACAAUAUCACUGUCCAUGAGACAGUCGCUCCGGCCUGUCUCUGGUUAGAUCAAGAAGUACGAUUUAAAGAGCUCGAGUCGGCUGGUUGGGGGCAGACAGGAUUUGGAGAAUCACAAACGCCAAUUUUGUUGAAAGUUACUUUGAAGCCGAUCAGUAAUGAAAACUGCUCCGAACACUACACACCGACAACCAUACGAGGUUUGCGAAACGGACUUGAUCUGCAUCAUAUUUGUGCCGGCGAUGAAAAGAUGGAUACCUGUCUGGGUGAUUCUGGAGGUCCUCUACACAUACGACUGCAGCACAAUUUCAAAGUAACGCCAUUUCUAGUUGGGCUGACCUCAUUUGGUCGACCUUGUGGACAAUCUCACCCUGGAGUGUAUACCCGAAUAGCACCAUUUCGUGCCUGGAUUUUGGAAACACUUCAAAUGAACGGCGCCCCGGAAGUGACAGAAAGCCAGUUCGAACCAGCAGAGUGUGCGUUACGGCAUGUUGCCAUUCGACAGCUGGCAAUAUCGAACGUAGUGGCAAACGAGACCGGUGUAUUCGAGUCUUUCGAUACACAGCGAUCGUACUUCACCGCGGAGUUUGUUGAUGAGAUUGUAGAACUAAAAUGGCCCGAUUCAAUCGUGCCACCAGAAAACAUUUGUAUGGGUUCCAUCAUCGAUCACGACACAGUUAUAAUAUUGGCCGAUUGCGCAUCGCACGAAGGCCUAAAACCAUCAGAUGUGCUUCAUCAACGAAGGACUGGCAGAUACUUUGACAUAAUCGAAGAGAAACAAUAUACUGUUACAGAGGUGCAUGUGCAUCCUAAUUAUACCAAAGGUUCCUUUUAUAACAACAUCGCGGUGUUAAAGAUCAAUGAUUCGUUUAACGUUUUACCGGCUUGCAUUUGGAAUGCUGCGAAACUACCAAACCCAGAAAUGGAAAUAUCAACCGUUGGUCGGGUUGAUUUGAAUGUGUAUCAGUAUAAAGAUAGAACCAUACAUAAUUCCAGCAACAUGCGAAUAACUCCCCGGGUCUACGCAUAUGACAAUAAUAACUGUUCGUUCCCAUCGCAAUACCUUGCGAAAUUGGAUCAAGGCCUACUGCUUCAACAUAUGUGCUUCGGUAACGACCCGUUUGUAGUACCUCAGGUGUGUGAACUCACCAGUGGAGGUCCUCUUCAGCGAACGUUAGUUCGUCUGCAACGUUUCUUCAAACAUGUGUAUGGAAUCAGCCUUUUUGGGCGAGAUUGUGGUUUCGGUGAACCGGGUGCAGCUGUUCGAUUGUAUGCCCAUAUGGAUUGGUUGGAGUCAGUACUGUUGCCAAACAGGUCGUUUGUAAAUAAACCCCAAACAAACGAUGCUGUUCUAUUCAUCAACUCUGAUCUGGAGCUGUUUGACAGAUGCGAUUAUUAUGAUGGUUCAGUAGGACUUUGCAUCCCUGUGGACCAUUGCAGAGGAGUGCGGAACCGCCUAGAACGAAAGGAAGGGUUGAUAUUCUGUACGAAUAGUACAGUUGUGUGCUGUUUGCCACAAGACGUGUUGGAUGAUGAACAGCUCUUGCACGAUGAGGAUCAGCAGGUUGAGGAUUGUGAAAAUCGGUAUGAACCAUUCCGCCGAAGGAACUUUAUUGGAGCUGCAGAGCUACCUGAUGUGAAGGCGCACAUUGUAGAGGUGCUUCGGAUGGAUGAAAGCAGCAGUGAAACGGACACUUUAUGUCUAGGAUAUCUGAUUACAACAAGCACAGCAAUUACAAGUGCUGCGUGUACUCAGCUUGUAAAUCAUGAACCCAAUUUUCUAAGGCUGGGAUCUAUCAGAAGUCGAUAUGAUGAUCCCUCCAUUAUGGCGCCAAUAAAAAGCAUCGUUACACAUUCUCAGUACGAUUCUGUGAAGAGAGCAAACAAUAUCGCACUAUUGAAACUGAUCAAGCCCAUACAACCUACAGCAGCUGUGUUUCCUGGAUGCUUGUGGAGAAAUGAGACCCACACUCCGUUGAUUUCGACAAUACACUCCAUUGUUAAAUCACAGCUAAACCUAGAACUCGUGCAUCCCAUGUAUGGUUCUCACUGUGAGCGGGUUUUGAAGGUUCAGUUGCAAAGUGGGGAAUAUUGCACCAUUGCUACUGAAUCAAUGUCAUCUGCCUGUCCCAACUCUGGAGACCCUAUUGUGUGGCGCGGAAAAGGAAGUAAUGGAGCACCGGUCGAGUAUCUCGUAGGAAUCUUCAGUAACACUAACUGUGGAACUGAUGAGCCUCUCUUCAAUACCCGUAUCUCGAUGUACGUUCCAUGGAUAAUAGACAACUUACGGUAA